GGGGGUGGCAUUGUUGAUUGAGAUGUCCGGGAAGAGGCGCUCGGACUUGGGGUGGUGAUUUAUUUGGGAGUGCAAACACCAGAUGUAAAUGAUGUUCAAGUAUCACAUCCGCAUGGUUUGCAAUGACCUGAAGGUGCUGGUUUUGAUGAGAUCUUUCGCGAUGCAGAGGAGCGAGCAAGAUUUGGAGACGGGCCGGAGAAGGGGAGGAGGUGGAAGAGGAGGAGAAGAAGAGGGAGCAGGAGGGGGAGGACGGCUGGCCAGAUUGGGAUGCGGCUGGCCUCCCUUUCCCAAUUGCUCGUCCCGGUCCGACGAGGAUUGUUACGGGUCGAACGGUGCCGGGGCUGGAGGAGGAUACGACGACAAGGGGAGGAAUGGUGCGCUCCAAACCGGCAUGGACUCCGUGUCCCUGAGCAGCAGCGACAGUGGAAUGAGGAGCCCUCUGUGCAGAAUCUGUUUCCAGGGACCAGACCAGGGUGAUCUGCUGAGCCCCUGUCGCUGCGAUGGCUCUGUGCGUUGCACCCACCAGCCGUGCCUAAUCCGCUGGAUCAGUGAGCGAGGCUCAUGGAGCUGCGAGCUCUGCUACUUUAAGUACCAGGUCUUGGCCAUCAGCACCAAGAACCCCCUGCAGUGGCAGGCAAUCUCCCUCACAGUGAUUGAAAAGGUGCAGAUAGCCGCAAUCAUCCUUGGCUCCCUCUUCCUAAUUGCUAGCAUCUCCUGGUUAAUUUGGUCCUCCCUCAGUCCGUCGGCUAAGUGGCAGAGACAGGACCUGCUCUUCCAGAUCUGUUACGGGAUGUAUGGCUUCAUGGAUGUCGUCUGUAUAGGCCUCAUCAUUCACGAGGGAUCGUCUGUGUACCGAAUCUUUAAGCGCUGGCAGGCUGUGAAUCAACAGUGGAAGGUACUGAACUAUGAAAAAGCCAAGGACCUUGGGGAAGCCAUUAGUGGGACAAGCAAGAUAGGGGGAAGGAAUUCACGGACGAACCACUCGUCAAACAAUGACAGGAGUUCCAAUCAGCGCACUGGAACCAUUUUGAACCAUCACUGUGGAUAUACCAUCCUGCACAUUCUCAGCUAUCUGAGACCGAGCAACCAUCAGAACAGUAACAACACAAACAGAGAGCUGGUCAUGCGAGUUACAACUGUCUGAGGUUAAAUAAGAGAGACCACUCACUGAACCUCAUUUAAAACAAAGACAACCAAAACUUUAAAAGUACAUGCGACAAAGCCAAGUACUGCUGGGGCUGUGAGAGUGAAUUAAACUGAAGGCUCAGAAUGGCAACAGCAGUGCAAUGGGCCAUGCUGGGCCUCAAUCUCUACGUCUGGAGUCUGCCAUCUUUAUUGUUUUCUAAACCAUUUUUUAAAAAUAAAAACUUUCUCCUUAAACAAAUUAUGGGGGGGGGAGGGUGUGGGUGGGGGGAGUGGAACUGACUCGGAGAGGAAUUGAACGCAAGAUAGUUUGUUGAAAAAACAACCAAAAGAACAGCGUGCAAUAACGAACGUCAGAUCCAGGAUGCUGUGGGAUUUUGGCAAUAAGUUCCCUGUGUACUUAAACUUUAAGUUAAUGCAUGUCACUGUUUCUCUUGUCUCCUGUCUCGAAUCAGGAGGCAAUUAAUUUAUAUGCAAAUGGUGGACGGCAAAUAAAUUUCUGUUUUUUUAGGAGGGUGUUUCGGAGAGCUGUAAAUAUAGAUCUGUGAGGAUUAUUGGGACAUCAUUUAUACAGUCUCCCAACUCGGUACUAUGGAUUGUGUUCUAAUGUACCUGUGGGAGUUUCUAUCUUGCUCCAAUAAUGUCUAUACUGAUAUGUAAAUGAGCGUCCUAUCUUGGUACUGUGAAGUGUAUUUUAAUAUGUACAAGAGUGGCCUAACAAGGUACCGCAGAGUGCAUUUGAAUAUAUAUAGGAGUGCCCUAUCUUGGUUUCACAGAUUGUAUAAAUAUCCAAUAAAUUCAAAUUGGUAAUCCUCAAAAGCAAAUAAUGUAUUCUAAUAUGUGCAGGACACUUUUUAUAUAUUAAAAUACAAUUCGGUAUAAA